AUCCAGAGAACAGGGGACUGGCACAGUUAAGCAAAAGAGAAGAGCUUUUAUAAGCUACAGCUGGGGAGGAACAGAGCCCCCGGACCGUGGUAGUCACAUGAGUAUCCCUGAGGUUUCAGCUUAAGGAAUCAGAGGCUAAGGAGGCCGAACGAACGAUGGAGCCUGAAGCAGGGACGACUCGGCGACAAAGGCAAGUUCUGCUUCUUCUUGUUUUUCUGUGGGCGUCAGAGGCAGGUUCAGCUCCCCGGCGGUAUUUGGUAGUUGAGGAAAUGGAGAGCGGUUCCUUUGUAGUCAAUGUGGCAAAUGACUGGGGGCUGGAGGUGAGGGAGCUUUCAGCCAGGGUGGGGCGAAUCGUUCUGGACAACAAUAAAGAGUAUUUGCAGCUCAACCGGGAGACUGGGGACGUGCUCCUGAAAGAGAAACUGGAUCGAGAGGAGCUAUGCGGCCCUACCGAGCCCUGUGUGCUGUCUUUUCAGAUCUUAUUGGAAAAUCCCUUGCAGUUUCUCCAGUUUGAGCUGCAAGUGCAAGAUAUAAAUGAUCAUUCACCAAUAUUUCUGGACACUGAGAUGCUCCUGAAAAUAUUAGAAAGCACAACGCCCGGGACUUCCUUCCUACUAGAAACUGCACAGGAUUUAGACGUAGGGAGGAACGGACUCCAAAACUAUACAGUUAACCCUAACUCCCAUUUCCACGUAAAAAUCCGAGAGAGCAGGGAGGGCACGAAAUAUCCGGAGCUUGUCCUGGAUAAAGCACUGGAUCGAGAGGAGAAGCCUGAGGUCAUUUUAAUCCUCACAGCAUGGGAUGGGGGAUAUCCACCCAGGUCUGGCACUGCCCUGGUCCGGGUUCUAGUUAUGGAUAUCAAUGACAAUGCCCCUGUGUUUUCUCAACCUCGAUAUGAGGUUCAAAUCCCUGAGAACAGCCCCAUUGGCUCCCUGGUUGUCACAGUCUCUGCUAGAGACUUAGACUCGGGAAAUAACGGAGAAAUAACAUAUACACUCUUCCACUCACCAGAAAGUAUACGCAAAACUUUUCAAAUCAAUCCCACCACUGGGGACCUUCGUCUGGGGGCAUAUCUGGAUUAUGAGACAAUUCAUGAUUACACAUUGAGAAUUCAAGCCACAGAUGGAGGGGGCCUUUCGGAGGAAUGUACUGUAUUUGUCCAGGUAACAGAUCUGAAUGACAAUCCCCCAGAACUGACCAUGUCGUCAUUAACCAGUCCCAUUCCUGAGAAUUCGCCUAACUUUGUGGUUGCCAUUUUCAAGAUCCGAGAUCCAGACUCGGGGGAUAAUGGCAAGAUGCUUUGUUUCAUCCAGGAUCAUCUCCCUUUCGUCUUGAAACCUUCUGUAAAGAGUUUCUACACCCUCUUAACAGAGGGAGCUCUGGACAGAGAGAAUAGGUCCGAAUACAACUUCACUAUUACCGUCACAGAUUUAGGCUCCCCCAGGCUCAAAACUGAGUACAACAUCACCAUAAUGAUCUCUGACAUUAACGACAAUGCUCCAGUAUUUAAUCAGACAGCCUACACACUUUACCUAAAAGAAAACAACAGUCCUGCCCUACACAUUGGCAGCGUCAGUGCCAGUGACAGGGACUCAGAGACCAAUGCCAAAAUCACCUAUUCACUGCAGCCUCCAGAGCCUGGAGACCUGCCUCUCUUCUCCUACAUUUCCAUCGAUUCAGACAAUGGUCAUCUCUAUGCCUUGAGAUCUUUGGAUUAUGAAACUACUCAAGCUUUUCAGUUUACUGUGUGGGCAGUUGAUGGUGGCUCUCCUGCCCUGAGCAGCCAGGCACUCAUUCACGUUGUGGUACUUGAUGAGAAUGACAACUCUCCCUUUGUGCUGUACCCUCUGCAAAAUGGCACAGCCUCCUGCAAUGACCUGGCACCCAGGGCAGCAGAACCAGGGUACCUGGUCACCAAGGUAGUUGCUGUGGAUGGAGACUCAGGACAGAAUUCCUGGCUUUCCUACCAGCUGCUCAAGGCCACAGACCCUGGGCUCUUCACUGUGUGGGCUCAUAAUGGGGAAGUGCGCACAGCAAGGCCCAUCAGUGACAGAGAUGCCAUCAAGCAGAGGCUCCUGGUCCUAGUGAAGGACAAUGGGCAACCGCCUCUGUCCACAGCAGCCACAUUGAACGUGCUUCUGGUGGACAGAUUCUCUGAGCCAUAUGUGAAGCUUCCAAAUGAGCCCAAAGAUGAGCCACAGACUGACUCCCUCACAAUCUACUUGGUAAUUUCUCUAGUUUCAAUCUCCUUUCUUUUCUUAGUCUCUGUCAUACUCUUCAUCACUGUAUGCCUGUGGAGGAGAAAAAGGGGAGUUGUAGAAGGUGGAAACUUUGCCACUGGAGGCUCCUUUCCAGGACACUUGGUGAAUGUUGGUGGCACUGGGACCCUGUCCCAGAGCUACCAGUAUGAGGUGUGUCUGACCAGUGGCUCAGGGGGAGAAGAGUUCAAGUUCUUGAAGCCCAUUAUCCCCAAUCUCUCAGCUCCAAUUACUCAGAAGGAUCCUGAGGAAAUCACACCCUUUCCUAAUAGCAUUCAAUUAGAAAUUGAAAAAUAGUAUUUUCAAGGAUUGAUAUAUUCAUUGAUAUUUUUCAAUACUCUUCAUGUCUUACAGAAGAAUUAAAUUGAUGGGUUUUCCCUUCUGCACAUUCUAUUCAGUAGAAUAUUGAUUUGAUUAAUUAACUGUGUCUUUAACCAUUUUAUGCAUGCCUCUCCCUCAUCUACCCUCCCUUGUUUUUGAAAUGGAAUUUUACACUUUAUGUUGGAGCUCAAAAGGACAUUCAUCAAUUGAAACCUGACAUCUGUGUUCUUCUAGCUUAUCUUCACUUGCAAUUUGAGACAUCACCUUCCUGAUGUAAUUGGUCCUCUUCAAGAAUGAAGGAUGAACAACAACAGAGAGUCUCCCUUAGCUAUGAAGAACUGAGCCCCUUUAGCGUCUCUGCUCUGUUCUGUAUUAUGUAGCUCCCACAACAGCAUGCUUUCUAGCCUUUCUAGUGUUCAACAUAAUAAAAAUCAUUUCACUAAAAGCAAUGAGCUUAUUCUGAUAGUAGAAUAUGUCCUCUUGAUUCUCUUAUGUAGUUGGUGUUCUUGGGAAUGUUUGGGUUCUUAUCAUUGUGAUUGAGCAUGUACCUGUGCUCCCUCCCCCCUUCAAAUAUACUGUAAUC